CCGGCGGUUCCCGUCAGCCUCGGCGCGGGGCGGCGGCGCCAUGUCGGUGGCGUUCGUGCCGGAGCGGCUGCGCGGGAAGGCGGCGGUGAGCCAGGAGACCCUGCAGCAGUUGCUGGAGGAGAACGACCAGUUGAUCCGGUGCAUCAUGGAGUACCAGAACAAGGGCCGGGCCGCCGACUGCGUGCAGUACCAGCACAUCCUGCACAGAAACCUCAUUUAUUUAGCUACAAUCGCUGAUGCGACACCACCCAGCACGCAGAAGACUGCAGACUGACUGUGCCUGCCUGGACACGAGCAAGGCUGCUGUCAAAGCCCCGCUUUGAGUCUUGAAAGGCAACUAAGAAGUCAUCCAUACUUGCAUGUACCAAACGUGGACGUAGUGUCUGAUGUAACAGCAGCCUAUUUUUUCCCCCCCUCGCUGCACACAGACCUCCAAGGUGAUGGCUCUUACUCCUUCCUCUAACACCUUCCAUCUAAGGAUUCUCAGAAAAUAGCCUGGCUGCCAGGAUGGCAGUGCCAGGGCUGCCUUUGCAGGAACCUGCUGCAGUGGCAGCCACCUGAAAACUCUGGAUUUACUGCAGUGAAUCUGUGCUCCUGCCACAGUGAAAUGACAGGUUGGGAUGUCAGGUGGGAAUAUCCUGCUGCACAACCAGCCAAACGUGAACCAAGAAUGUGCACUCAGAAAGGGAUAAUCUGCCUCUGGUUACACAGGGUAUAUCCAGACACAGCAAGCUGGCUCUGAGGACUCCUUAGGUCACAUGCUAAGGAGAGAUCUGACUGCCAGGGUGCUUGUGUGGAGAGAGCCCUCUACAUGGCAGGCCUCCAUUGCCACCCGUGCGUAUUGCUGGUCAGGCUCUGAACCAGUGAAGGGCUGAGCUCUCCAAGCAAAGAACGUGGGCUUGGAGACACCAGCUGCUGUCUGAGGCUAUCAAGCUGAUUUUUAAUCAGCUCCUAGCAAGCCUCAGCCCCUGCUGUUUGUACCUGCCACAGGCCCUUGCAGUCUCACUGAAGCAAAGGCUGUACAGCAGUGACUGAGCAAAACAGCAACAUCUAGGAAAGACUGGGACUGCUGCAGAAGGGAGAAAUGGAGCCUUUGUUUCAGUGAGAGAGCUGUGUUGCUGCCCCAGCCGUGUCACAGCUCUUCCUUUCUGCUGGCCAUGCUCUGUGCUACAGACUCUGUAAACAAGUAAAUUCUUGCAUAACCAAAA